GAGGUCGGUGUCAGCCGCCGGUGCCAUCGGGAGGAGUAUGCGGAGGCACCAUGAGCGAGCAGUGGGACGUCGGGCGGGCCCUGGCUCUCUCCGGCUUCUUCCGUCUCUUGCAGGGCGCGGGCAGGGCCUGCGCGGCCCCGUUCCUGCCGCUGUACCUGCGGCACCUGGGGCUGCCCGCCCCGCUGGUGGGCGCCGUGGCCGGAGCACGGUACCUGGCGGUAGGUCUGUGGGCUCUUCUCUGUGCCCGCUGCCCCAAGGGCGGCGGGAAACGUCGCCUGCUGGUUGCCUGCUCCUUGCUGGGCUCGGCGGGGGCCAGCCUGCUGCUCACCCUCAUCCCGCCCGCCCACCGGGUCGCGGGGUACCGGGACUGUAAUGCCAGCCAGCAGCCGGGGGACACAGGGGCCGCCACCACCGUGCCCAGCCCGAGUACCGGCGGCUACACUGUUAUAAGCGUGAGUGUUAAUACGGACGUGAAAGCCGUGUCAAAAAAAAAGAUGAAAACGACUGCUGAUGUCUUGCUAGAGAGCAGAGAGCCAACACUAACCAGUGCAGCCUUACUUGGCCCGACAGAUACAUUGGAGGAAAAAAGCAGAGGAGGUGAAGGGGAUGUGAAGACAAAUGGCUACUUGGAUGGUCCUUCUGACUGGACAACUUCUUCUGUGAAAGCAGUUAAGUGGGAGACACAAGAACCAGAACUGCCUUCCUCCUAUAGACUUCCCUUACAUGGACUCGAGAAGGAAAGGACCCAUGUGGCUUCUUCAGUGGAUCUAGAGGGCAAUGCUGGAGAAAGCCUUCAGACUACUGAAAGCAGUGGGCUCACUCUGUUUAAAGCAACUCUUUCUGCUGUUGGAGAUGCUUACAUAACCAGAAACCUUUCAGACCACCAGGACACUCAAGAUUUCAGCUUCGAGGCAAUGCCAAGCAUCUUUCAGGACAGAGAGAAUCAGAUUUUUCUUAUGGUGCUGGGUGCUGUUGUGGUUUGGGAGCUGUUGGCUGCAGCUUUCGAGUGGGCAGUGGAUGAGGGUCUCUACCAGUAUCUCGACUUUGUUGACUCGACUGACAGGUACAGCAAGCUGUGGAUCUGGAGUUACCUGGGGGCAUCUGCAGGUGCCUGCAGCGUUGCCCUGCUGGUGGAUCACCUGAAUUGCUUCCUCAGCAGGACAAUCACCCGCCUUGCUGUCCAUUUCUAUGGCUAUGCUCUCCUGACAGUGCUAUCCUUGUUUGUCAGUCUCUUUCUGCCUCUCCAGGCUCCCAAGAAAAGCGACCACAUCAACAAAACCACCAAAGCCCUGGCCCUGCUGGGGAGUGAUGGCCAUGCCAUCCUCUAUGCCCUCACCAUCUUCCUCACUGGCUCAGCCAGCUCUGCAGUGCACAACUUUCUCUUCUGGCAGAUGCAGGACCGAGGCAGCAGUGAGCUGUACUCUGCCGACCGCUGCAGCUGGAGGGGAAGUGGUUUGAGCUGGGAGCCCCGUUCCCGAGCGGUGGAGCAGAUCCACCUGCGCUGCACCGAGGGCUCCCUGGAAUGGAUGUACCCAGCACGAGCCCUGCGUGUCGUUCUGGAGCCCAACCUCGCCAGCGCCCAGCACACCACUGUCUGCAUCAAACCUGCCAGUGACUUCCAGGGUGCCAGCAUCUACGUGGAACGUGCUGGGCAGCUGCAUCUGGUGGUAAGCGAGGCAGAAGGGGCUCAACCCCACCACGUCUCUUGCUUCAGCGCCCAGACGCCACAACGAGUGGCCCUCUUCCUGCAGGCCAGCCCACAGAGGGACAUCAGUCGCCGGACAGCCAGCUUCCAGUACGAGCUGCUGAGCAACCAGAGCACUGCUGGCCCUGACUUCAAAAAGAUGGCCCUGGCCGAAGCUAUGUGUCGGCCUUGUGACAAUGUGGAACUUCUUAUGGCCAUUUGCAGCAGUGAUUUUGUGGUGAAAGGAUCUAUCCGGAAUGUUUCCCACGAUUCAGUGAACCACAUGUCACAGGUUGAUGUCAGCGUCCAGAAAGUCUACAGGCAGAAAAACACAAUUUUCCAGCAGGAUGAAGCAAGUGGGGAAUGGCGAGGCCCUAUACAAACCCUGCUGCGCUGCAAGGUGAAGAAGGGAGGUGGAGAUUUCCUUUUCACUGGAAAUGAACAUUUUGGAGAAGCUUGGCUGGGCUGUGCUCCUCGGUUUAAAGACUUCAUGUUCAUUUACCAGGCUGCCAGAGACAGAGGAGCCAACCCAUGUGAGUUUCAGCUCAACUGA